AUGAUUUUUGAGAGAUUAACAACAUUUUCAAGACCACGUUUUGUCAAGUUAAUCAUACGCACAAUGUCUUCUUCAGCAUUAGAGAAAAUUCCAGACGUAGAUAUUGAUGACAAAGGCCGUUAUAAAUACAUUUUGAUUAAGGUUACAGAUCAAAAUGAUUCUUCUAACAUAUCAAAAUUUGUUGUACGGGGUGGUCAAAGAUUUGACUUUCAUGGUAAGCACUAA